AUGGACUUGCUCCGGCGAGCUUCAUCUGGGCCUGUUCGUAUCAGAGGAACCGUUGUAAGCAGAAGCACCGUUGGCAUCGGCAGUAACCGAGGCUGUUUGUCUGCUCAUAGGAGGGAACCAGGCCAUGAGCUGCAUUCCAGCUGUGAACGGCGCACAGAUGUUCAGGCAGAAAGCCUCGCACACCACUCCGCGGCUCCCAACGCAGCUAAGUCUCUCUCUUCGCAGGCCCCCAACAUUGGAUCUUCACCCCUCCUAGUCGGAUCACAUCCAGUGCCUUGCAAAACGCACUGGGGCAGUCCAUAUGCAUGCAGCGACCUCGGCUUUCGCCAGUUUUACUGCAAGUAUUUCAACAGGGGCCCUCGUGGGACGAUUCCUCGCGAGGGUGGUCAGAGGUUCAGCCAUCUGCUUUCAUGGCAGCCUGGCCGUAGUGCCUUGAACUGUGCUUUUCAUUCAAACUAUGAGUGUGAACGUUCUCCGUCAUUCAGUGCGAGCCGCGCAGGCUUCCAAGAACGACACUGUAUAGCAACUUUUCCGCCGUCUGCUGGCCUCCGUAGAAGAAAGCAGGGUUCUGCUCAGCUGUAUGUGCAUCCCAAGCCUGGUGACGGGCAGGAAACCACCACAAGCUUACACGGAAGCUGUUUCCGCAGUAGGCUAGGCCUUUCGAAGUCUUCUAAGUCGCGGCAGCCUUUGCACGACGAACGGCACCCUCUAUUUCGAAUACGUGCGUUUUCCUUGGCCAUUGCCGCUGUGUGCUUUGUUCCCCUGAUAAUUGACGAGGACACUCCAAUUGGUUUUGAUGGCGGAGGAGAGCUGCUUUCUUGCAACUCAGAAAGCCUUGUGGGUACCUCUAGCGGUGCUAACAACACUGUUGCCAUCAAUGACGAGAACGAACCAGGGGAGACGAACAGCUCCAGUGGCAGACUGUUCGAAAUCGCCGUUCUGCAACGACGGCUUCGGAGCUUCCAGCAGCGACUGACCCGAUACACCAGUCAACUUCUUCUAGUAGGAUGCGGGGGGUAUUCUGGAUCGGAAUAUACGGAUGCGCACUAUUUAUGGGGGGCCGUUUGGCAACGUUUUCUAUUCCUGUGGGCUGCAUCUAGAAAUGCUUCCGAGGUUGCCAAUUUCGCAGUGAUGAAGGAAUGCAAUGCGAAUAAGAAAACCAUACCGUCAGCAGCUGAUGCAGGGUUGUCGCAAAGUGAAGACGCCCUGCAGGAGCAGAACAUUGAGAGAGAUGCAACCGCGAAUGCAGCAGCAAAGGAAUCAACGGAGCCGCGAGAUAUUUCGACCAAUCAAGAAAUAUUUGCUGGCCAUGCCUCCAAAACCACGGUGCGCACUUCUUACGCACAGAAAGCGAUACAUGUAGCAGCAGAGGCUGCGCAUUGUGGUGUCGUUCCACCAUCGCAGUGGACGAAAGAGCCUGAGCUUUUGGAGAAAAAUACAAAUUGCAGGCAGGCAGGGGACGAAGCAGGAUUUUCUCUCGGUGGGAUAGCGUCCUGGUUCCGUCCGCUUGGAUUUUUCUUUGGAAUGGCAGCGUCCGUCUGUCAGCGACUUCUAUAUGUUGUACCGCUGGCCUUCUCCGCAGCAGUUGCGGCGUUCUGGCUGCUUUUGCUGCCCAUCGUUUCGAGCGCGCUGCACUUUUGUGGCUUGGAAAGCGAGAAGGUCGUACACUGGGAAUCUGUUGCUCAGCGCGAACUGGAAGAAGUCAUUUUCACGGCUGUGACUGCGGCAGCUUCCGCUGCAGGGCCUACUUAUGUCAAGUUUCUGCAGUGGAUUGCUACUCGGCCUGACCUGUUCCAUGAGUCUCUCUGUUCACGGUGUGCAAAGCUGCAGACUGCAGUACAGCCCUUUGCCUACCCCCGAGCUGCUCUUCUCCUCCGGGAACAAUUUGGUGAAGAUGUUGAGGAGCAUUUAGUGCUUGAUCCAACGCCCAUCGGGUGCGGCUGCAUCGCACAAGUCUACCGCGCGUAUCUCCUUUUAUCUGCUGGAGCAAGUGACCAGUCUAAGCGUUUUUUCCUGGACCACGCAUUCGUUCUUGGGGGCAGUACUUUGAAAUCUGUUGAUUCAAAGCCUGAAGAGGGCGGCAAGUUACCCCCAGUCGCUGUUGCAGUGAAAAUCAUGAGGCCGGGAGUGCGAGAAGCAAUGGAAUUCGAUCUCUACAUUAUGCUCAUGUUGGCGUCGGCGUUGCAGUGGCUUCCUGCUUUCGAUUUUGUUGCCAUUAAGAACAGUGUUGAGGAGUUCGCAACGGCGAUGCGGCGGCAGCUGGAUUUCGGUCUGGAGGAGCAUCAUUUAAAGCGUUUCCGCAACAGCUUUGGCCUCCCUUCCCUCUCUAUUCCAGACGAUGUAGUACCGAUUCGUAACAAAUGCAGACGGAUGAGAGAGCCCACACACGAAGCUACACCUGCCGUAGAUCCUCAGACAAAGGGGCAGCACAACAGUUUUAUCGGCUCCCUGUCCCGAAAGAUCCUCGGCAUGAGGCGUCAAGUCACUUUUCCUUACCCCUUCGAGAGCCUCAGCAGCAGUGAGGUGCUCGUUAUGACUCUUGAACCAGGUUUCACCCUGAAUGAGCUGCUCAAAACAAGAGUCAAGCUCAAAGGUACCAAGCAAGGGCAGCCUAAAACCAAUAUGGCAAAGUCUCAGUGGGAUGCACUUAUAUCGAAUACCCCCACUGGAGGCGGAACGCAGGACGCAGGGGGGUCUCUGAAUUCUGCUGCAAAAAGGAUUAUUGAGCUCAUAUUUCCAGUGCUUCCUGAUGCACCCCGCACCCUCGUCUCUCCAGAACCUGUAUCUUUGGAUGGCCCCCUGGAAUUGGUUGUGUUGGACUGCGGUUUGGCCGCCUCCUUGAAGCAAGCUGAUCGUGUCAAUUUUGUUACCCUGCUUGAAGCUGUUCGACGGAAGCACGGCAGAGACGCAGGUGUAGCGAUGUUGCAAAGGGCUCGCAAGAACGCCUGCAAGGACAAAGAGGGGUUUUUCUCCGAGGUGGAGGCUCUCAUCAACGAAUAUCACUUUGAGAUCGUUGUAGCGAUGUCGGUUCUCGAAGGAGUUGGGGCCCAACUUUGCCCUGAUGCUGACGUUCUGAGGACAGCUUUGCCGUAUAGCUGCAUGGCGUCAAAGCUAUUAGGUUGCGCCAGUGAAGCCUGA